AUGAGAGUUGAUAUGAAGCCCACCUGUCUCAGGCCCCGAGGAGACCUGUUGCCCCACGCUCCUCCUGGAGGGGCCCAAGAGCAUCCGCCUGUGUCAGCGUGGGAUUCUGGAGAGUCAGGUAGAGAUGGGAUGGGCUGGGAUGGGGUGUGGGAGGCAGAGCAGGAGUUGCUAGCAAGAGUCCAGUGCAUGCUGGGCUCGGUGGGCCGAGGGUACAGUGUGGCCCUGCUGCUUCGGGGUCGAGAAACAGAGGCACCCCGGCUUGUGCCUCAGUUGCUGCAGAUGCUGUUUGAAGAAGCUCUGCCCCUCAGGGGCUCUGAUGCCGUGCUUAGUACUCUUAGCCUAGUGCAGCUCAGCACCAGUGGGAGGAGUCGGGACCUGCUUGCUCCAGGGACAGAGAACCUGUCGGUGCUGGAUGUGGCUCCUCUGGGCUUGGUGGUAGAAAAUGUCAGUGAAGUGGAGGUGUCUGACUCAAGAGCUGCCUCCGAGCUGUACUUGCAGGCUGCAGGUGGUGAAGGCAGUGCCUGCUCUCUGCUCACUGUCACCAUGUCCUGCCCAUGGCCUGACCCUCCUGAGGGGCCUGGGACCCAGGGCAUGUGGCGAGGAGCCUUGCGGAUCCUGCAGCUCCCAGGAGCCCUAGACUGUCCCUUGCUGCAGGUGUUGGCUGGUAAGGUUGUUGGUGAGGAGGUGGAGGGCUCUCUGCCCUGGAUUGUCUCAUGUCUCCUGGAAGGAAACAACUACAGUGGCCUUCUUCUUCGCCUGGACCCUCAAGGUGGCCUGGGGGAGGACGUGGUAAAAGCCUGGAGCCAGCACUCAGGAAGCUGGAUGCUCAAAGCAGUCAAAACUAAGGCUAUGGGGCUCCCAGAACCACAGCUCCAUUUUAUGGAUGAGAAAAUGGAGACUCAGAAGACUAGCCACCUGCCUGAGGUCAUACAGGCCCAGCAGGCCCCGGAUGUGGCCCUGCAGUUCUUCCUGGCUCAGGCCCAGAGGCAGAGACUGCGAGAACAGCACCAGAUUUGGAUCCAAGAGGAACUGAAGCAUUUGGAACAGGAGGAAGAGGUGGUGGCAGGGGACCAGGUGAAAGGCCUGGUGGCUGAAGAGGUUUCCGAGGAGAGGCAGAGAUGGCGCCGGGAGUGCACGGGGCUGAGACUCCAGCUGGAGGCCCUUCAGGCAGAAUGGGACACUGCGGAGCAGGACCUGACAGCCCUCUAUGACCUGCACGUGCAGGCUGCCCGGGCUUGGACAAGCCACGUGCUGCAGGUCAGUGAGGACAGAGGGCAGGCCUUGAAUUGGUUCCAAGGCUGGCUGACUGAUGGGGAUCUCUGAAUCUGCGCACAGGUAUUCCGAGCCUGGCGGGGGCUGUGGGAGGAACAGGCCAUGGCCGCAGAGCAUCACUAUCGCAGCCUUCUGGCUGGCAUCCUGCAAGACACCAUCAACCUGGCCACGCAGAACCAGGAGCUCCAAGCCCAGAGCCAGCGACUUCAGCAGACUAGACUGGGCGCAGGCAUGCUGGAUCCCUGCCGAGGAGAAAUGUGGGGAUCAGGAAUCUUUCAGGGGCAGUCUCCUCUCCCCUCGUUCGUAAAGGUCCUAGGAGAGGAGUUGGGACACAACAGCCAAGCUAAACUUCAUUAUGGAUAAUUAAUAACACCACUAACUAGGUCUCAU